AUGACUAGGUCUCACCGGGCUGGCAUCGGCACAGCACCCGGCUGCCUGCUGCUGGCCUGCUGCUGGCGGCCCAACACGACAGCGAUGCCCGGCCUCUGCUGCAGCGGUGGAGAGCUAGCACAAUGCCAUCACACGGCCUGCAGCAUUGGUGCUGUUCCUGCAGAGCCUGCUCACCUCUGGAAACGCCGGCCGCCUGCACCUGUCUGCCUCCGAGCAAUGAAAUCACUCCCUCCUGCGUGCUGCAUACGCGCUUGUGCACCUUCGACUUCUCUUCUGCUUCUGCUUCCACCGCUCGCUUGCGCAACAAGCAUGCAUCGCAACUCUCAACUCUGCCGCCGCUCGAUCGCUCGUGUCACCCGAUAA